CGCUAGUGUAUUCAAAAUGGAUCCUCAUUUUGGCCACGGCCACAGCGAUGGAAAAGUCAUGAAUAAGAUCACUCUAGUCGACCUUGAUUGAAUCCAGGCAAUAGUCAAUUGAGUUAUAUCAAAAUUACUUGAAAUGGUCAAUGUAAAAUUUCCCAAAUAUCCCAAAGAGCAUUUGAGGAAUAUGAAGUCCAUCGACAUGUCGAAGCUGACAGAACAAGAGCGAUGGCGAAUCGAACACCAGAAGUUACACGAGAAGCAUCGCGGCCACGAGGCCAUGCAUGCAGAGAUGGUGCUAAUCCUUAUAACAACUCUGGUUGUUGCACAAGUAUUACUCGUACAGUGGAAACAAAGACACUUUAGAUCCUAUCAGAUAGUCACGUUACUGGGAAUGUGGAUUAUUCCUAUCUUUUUCUGCCUGAAAUUCCACUGGUGGAGAUUCAUCAUCAUAUGGGCCAUUUUCUCAGUCAUCAAUGGUUAUAUUUCAUCACUGGCAUCUAGAACAAGAAUAGCAGGCACAACACCUAGAAAAGUGUAUACCUGGUUUGUCAUUAUCUAUAAGAUCAGCUAUGCAUUAGGUAUCGUUGGUUACUGUGUGAUCAUGUUUACGUUAUUCGGACUUAAUCUCCUAUUUAUGAUUCAACCAAACGUUGCCAUGGACUUUGGGCUAUUACUUCUUUUCUACGGAUUAUAUUACGGCGUGGUUGGGAGAGAUUUUGCUGAGGUCUGCACUGAUAAAAUGGCGUCACAUAUAGGGUAUUACACGACCACUGGCAUGCCGACGAGACAGUUAGAACCAGAUGUGUGUGCCGUCUGCGGUAAUAAAUUCACGCCACAUCGUGGCAACGACUAUGACGAUGAUGAUGAAGAGGACGUGGGUGAAAAAACAUACCGAUUAUCUUGUAAUCACACAUUCCACGAGUUUUGUAUACGAGGCUGGUGCAUUGUGGGAAAGAAACAGACGUGUCCCUACUGUAAGGAAAAGGUUGACCUGAAGAGGAUGUUUUCAAACCCAUGGGAGAGGCCACACGUUUUAUACGGGAACCUCCUGGAUUGGAUACGUUAUUUGGUUGCCUGGCAACCAGUCAUCAUCAUGAUAGUGCAAGGAAUCAACUGGACGUUAGGACUAGAGUAAUUUGUACCAACAAAUCAGGGACAUUUUCUUGACCGUGGGAUGCCUAGGCCUUCGUGAUUUCUGUUGCCGGAUUGGUAAUACGUGUCUGAUACAUGUAGAUUGGCAGGCAUGACACAUGGUGGGAAAAGACUGAAUGGCAAAGCCAGAUGCAUCCAGCAGGGGGGUCUCAAUAUCCCCAGUUUGAUGCGUACAUACUUUAUGGAUGGCCCCUUCCACCACAUUUGAAGGGGAGGGGGGGGGGGCUACAGAGAAAUGUUGUGAGGUUGAAGCUAUUUUGAAUAUGUGAUCCAUGUGUGCUACAAACCACAAGGGGCUGUGCAGUUGACAUCAUCGCAGCAAAAGAAACCAUAUCUAACGUAAAAUUUGGGUCACAGGCCCACGUGACGUACAUUGUCUUCAGUCCAACAGUGGCAGUAUCGAAGUGUGGCAACAUCAGUAAACCUGCUUGUCUUAAAAACGACAGGCCGCAGGUGGCCUUAUGGAAUUUUGGAUGCUAUGAAUUCAUCCUUAUUCAUGUAACUUGGCCCAAAUACUGUAAAACCAUGAAAUACAUUUGCAAGGUUAAAGGACAAGUGCUAUCUCUGUAAUGGUAAUUUUCUAUGUUUGUCCUUUGACAGGCACAAAAGCGUCAUCAACAGUGCAUAUUUUGUUAGUUAGUCUAUAUGUAGGUGUAACUAGCUUACACAGUAUUAGUAAAUAUGGUUGUUACAAUGUCACUGAGGUGAUAUUUUUAUAUUGCAGUGAUGAUAUACCUAUUGCUACGCUAACUAAAUAUGCUCCAGUAGAUAAUGUACAUGCAUGAUCAGUGUUGUUUAUGUGUUUCAAUGACCUUUGUAUAUAAUGUGACCUUUCAAUGGAAUAUUUAUAAAUGUAUGAUUAUUUCUGUGACCUUGAUUAGUUUUACAGUCAAUGUUGUGGAUUUGACUCAUUGAAUCCUGAAGGAUAUGAUCUAGACGUGACGAGGCUUUGAACGUGACUCAUCCAUGUUGCACUAAUCUAUAUUGUGACUUUUAAUCCUCAAGGUUGUGACCUUGUCUCAUACAGGUUGUGAUCUUGGCAGAUCAAAGACAUGAAACACAAGCAUUCUCAAGUAUGUGUAGUUUUGACGACAAAAAAAUUCCUGUUUGCCUGUUUAAGAAUGUAUGAGCUGUUCCUUUGAACAUAAAUAUAUAUCAAUGCUGUUCA